AUGUGGAAGAAAUUCUCUAUCGCCUCGGUGGUCUAUGACAGAAAAGCAAAUAUCCAGUUUGAGGACAAUGGAGAAACGGUUGGUGUCGGUCCAGUCACCGUCAAAUUCCUUCAGAGAUUUUCAGGACACGGUCUGGGUCGUGCGGCGUAUACGGACUCCUCUCGCUUCAGAAAGACCAUCUGGCUGCUCGUCUUCAUCAUCGCCUCGGGGUACAUGGUUCGUGGGAUCGUCGGAGUUUUCACGGCGUUCCUGUCUGGUGUGAUGACUACCUCGAAUCAAGACGGACUUCAACUAAUACUGACACCUCAUGUCUGGAGCCAAAAUAAUCUCUAUUUCGCGAACGGAUUCCAUCUGCAAAUUCACUCUCCUGGAGCAGAAUACGAAUCUAUAUUUGGAAAGGAAUAUAAAGUAAACUUGGGAACGAUUUCUCACGUCACCCCCAAGAAGGUGGUAUUGCAGCGACUUCCUCCAGAAGAAGGUGGACAUUGUGCUCCAGCUUCCUAUCUCGAAAAGCGGUUUGACCUCAACAUGUUCAAUCUUAAAACCAAAUAUGAAUAUACCAACCAGUUUGUGACUUUGAACUUUCUCAACAGAGAAAAUCUUGCUGUGGUGAACGUCUACUAUGAGACCUUUGCAGUGGAGAGAAUCUCGGAACAUCUUCAAUAUCCAUGGUCGAGCUUCAUUGGGACGUUGGGAGGGAUGCUAGGUCUGUACACCGGUCUGUCCUUCAUCUCCAUCUUAGAAGUGAUGGAGUGGAUACUCAACAUAUUCCUGUAUGGCUGGAGGAAGCCUCGGCCUUAG